AUGUCUAAGUCCUCUAUCCGUGAAGAAAAAUCCAGUCUUGAAGCUGCGGGUACCCCAGACAAAGACCAUGCGACUAUCAAAGAGGCAGAACGUCACCGAGACGGAGUCGAGACUGAAGGGCAGAGCGAACCCCAACCACAUAUCCAUGCAAAAACAUUACUGGCAUUGUUCGCCAUUUGCCUCAUCUACUUCUCUCAGACCUUUGCGCUAGUUGGUACUGGAGCGCAAGGUCAGACGAUUGCGGCAUACUUGGGGCGCCCGGGAGAAGCUGUCUGGCUGACGGCAAGUAUUUCUAUCCCGAGUGUCGUCCUAGGCCCUGUCGUGGCCCAGUCAGCCGAUUACUGGGGCCGGAAGUGGUUUCUCGUCCUAUCCAGCAUUCUCGGCGCUGUCGGCUGUGCCAUCGCUUCUCGAGCCGACAACUUCGCCAUGUUUAUCGCUGGAAUGACCAUCACGGGUAUCGACUUUGGAGUCCUGCCGCUCCUCCACGCAGUUCCGUCUGAGAUCCUCCCACGCCGGUGGCGCGCCCCGGCCCAGGCAGCUGUCAUGAUUGCCAACUCCUUCGGUCUCAUAGUUGGACUGAUCCUGGGGGGGAUGUUCGCGAUUGCGGCAGUGAUUUGCUUCUUUGCAUAUCAACCACCUCCGACGACAUUGCAAGCAUCUCUCAAUCUCCGACAGAAGUUGGCGCGACUCGACUGGAUCGGCUAUGUGCUCCUGGCGUCAGGUUUAGUCUUGUUCUGCAUGGGCCUUGCCUGGUCUCAGAACCCCUACCCGUGGUCAGAUCCGCAUACGUCUGUACCCUUCGCCAUCGGGCUGGCGCUGGGGAUCGCGUUGGUGGUGUACGAAACCAAGUUCAAAGCUGAUGGCAUGUUCCACCACGGUUUGUUCUCUAGGGAGGACUGGAACUUUGCUAUCUCGCUAGGUGCCGUCUUCUGCGAGGGCCUUGCCUUCUUUGCCGCGACGGUCUAUUUCCCAUUUCAGGUCAGCGUACUGUACGAAGAGGACCCGUUGCUUGUCGGCGUGCGGUUCAGCAUUGCCUUCAUCGCGACAAUCCCGGCCUCUAUCUUGACUGGUCUGUACUGUACCAUUACGAAGAAGGUCCGGUGGAUCACUGUAUUCUCGUUCAUGAUUUUCGUCGCCUUUUUUGCCUGCAUGGCAACUUCAGACGAGUCUUCGGAUACAAAUACCUGGGGAUAUCCGGUUCUACUUGGCUCGGCCCUUGGAAUGACACUCAUCACCCUCCUCACAGUCGCCCAACUGUCUACUCCAACGGAACUCAUAUCAAUCGCAAGCGGUCUGAUGAUCAGCAUGCGGUCUCUAGGUGGGACCGUUGGAAUCGCCAUCUACAACGCGGUUUUUAGAAAUGCGGUCAGCCAACUGGGUGAUGAUAUAGCCGAUGCUGUCGUGAAAGCCGGCCUCCCUACUGAGUCCGUUGGACAGUUCGUGGAAAACAUGCUCCGCCACAAUGAGACCGGCGUAGUACUAGUCCCGGGCGUGACACCGGACAUCAUCGAGUCUGGUGUCCACGCACUCCAAAAUACAUAUGUGAGGGGAUUCCAGCAUGUGUGGAUAACGGCGGCGGCCUUCGUUUCAGUGUCGACUCUGGCCACGGUAUUUCUCACAGACCCGAGCAGCGAGUUUAAUAACAAAAUUGAUGCUCCGGUUGAGAACGAUGAAAACUUGUAUCAUGAUCGAACAUGACAGGGAAAGGAAUGAUCCUUGUGGGGGAAAAGACUUCCAUCAACAUCUCCAUUUACCCUACUGCUCCAUGCCCCUCACUGAUACAUUCGCACUUCGGCGCCGUCAUUUACUUGUACAACGGGAGAAAAGAUUGUCACAGAAAGAUCCACGGAUGUUGAUGAUGUAUAUACAUCCUGGUGGAAAAUAUAAACGCAUUAAUUUGGC